AUGUCUUCAGCUGCCGACUCGCUAUUCAAGCCCCCACCAAUCGUCGAAUGCCUUUCUGGACCUCAUUGUCUCGGCAUUGGGAGAAAGAUCCAAGUUUCACAUCGGGUGUGUCCAGACUGUCUCCAACGACACGAUCCGCAACAGCUCCGCGUGUGGGCCAACAACAACUCUAUUGCUAUUCUAGCCAUCAACGAAGAAACUGCGCGUAAGCAGGUGUUAAAGAGAAACAUCGAAGCGCGUGGUCGUUACCUGUGCGCCUUUGAAGAUCCCGAUUACCAGCAUUGUCGGUGGCGGCUGCUUGACUUGAGCCUCCGCGGCACCCGUCUCGAUUGCCCUUCUAUUCAUCGCCGUACGAUUUUGCUUGUCAUGCGAGCUCCGCCUCCAAGGACACACUGCCUACUCGGCGCUGCUUGUGACUCCUGUCCAGAAGGACAAGAGCAAGGUCCAGAGAUAUGUUCCUGGUGUAAGAAUAUGAGCUUUGAGGAGCUAUACAAGCGGUCAGCAACGUUGCCGGAUACGGAAUCAAUAAACCUUGUCAUCGACACAUACAAACGCCAACUCGAACUGGAAACCGCCGAGCGCAUCAGAAAGGGCUGGUCAUUCCUGUGUGCCUGUAAAGAUCCAGAGUACCGCUCUCAGUCAUGGCGCCGCAAUUUCAAUCCAAAGGAUUCGCGUCUGUGCGGUACGGUGCUCCAUCGCGGACAGCUAUGCGUGCGGUGCUACCGCAAAGCACGGGAGCAAAACUGCACGUGGCUUGAAGAAUUCGACGGCGACCGUCUAGGCUUUCCCUGCGCAUUCGACGACACGAGGUUGCGGCGGCGCAUCGAUGCCAGCUGGAAGAUUGGCCCGCUAGAUAGACACGGGCAGCCUGAUCCAAGUUGGGAGCGAGACCCCAGAAGAGAUGGUCGGUGUGAGAGAACUAGAUUGCGCAACCAACUUUGCCAGAAAUGCUUCAACCGCAUGUGCGAGAUUCGAGGGUUUGGCCGGUUUUUCGACUCGGAGUGGGGGACGUUGCAUCGGAGGUAUGGAGCGCGGUAG